AUGGUCUAUGUCAAGGGCAGCGUCGCCGAGGUCCCUCUCGGUGGCUCCGACGAAGAGAACAUCGAGCUCAAGAAGCUCGUUGGCGAUGUGGUCGAAAAUGAGGACGAGUAUGAUGGUUGGGAGAAGCUAGUCCGAGCUGCGGAAGCCCUCGAGGGCGGCCUCAACCGCAACUCGAGUCCGCAGGCUAUAGCCUUCACGCGCGAGAUCUACAACCGAUUCCUCGCCAAAUUUCCUCUCUUCUUCGGAUAUUGGAAGAAAUAUGCCGACCUGGAGUUCUCCAUUGCUGGUACCGAAGCCGCGGAUAUGGUCUACGAGCGGGGCGUCGCUAGCAUCACGAACUCGGUUGACCUUUGGAUGAACUACUGCGCCUUCAAAGUCGAUACCUGCCACAACACCGAAGAGAUCCGAGAGCUCUUCGAGCGCGGUGCUAUGUGCGUGGGCUUGGACUUUCUCGCCCAUCCAUUCUGGGACAAAUAUAUUGAGUUCGAAGAGCGUCUUGAAGCCCAUGACAAGAUCUUCGCCAUUCUCGGCCGCAUCAUCAACAUUCCGAUGCAUCAAUACUCGAGAUACUUCGAGCGUUAUAGGAACCUUGCUGCGUCGCGUCCUCUCAACGAGCUCGUCUAUGACUCUGUUCUCGUCCAAUUCCGCACUGAGGUCGAACUCGACGUCACUAGGAUCAAGAGCGAGCUGGAGAUUGAGCGUGAACUUCGUGCGAGAAUCGAUAACUUUCACCUAGAGAUCUUCCAACGCACUCAGACCGAGACGACGAAGCGAUGGACAUACGAGCAGGAGAUCAAGCGACCAUAUUUCCACGUCACCGAGCUUGACGAGACUCAGCUAGUCAACUGGCGCAAGUACCUGGACUUCGAGGAAGCUGAAGGCGACUUCACUCGUACUGUCUUUCUCUAUGAGCGGUGCUUGGUCGCCGCGGCAUAUUACGAGGAGUUCUGGCUGCGCUUUGCGCGCUGGAUGUAUGCCCAAGAAGGGAAAGAAGAGGAAGUUCGCAACAUCUACGCCCGUGCGAGUGCCUUGUAUGUUCCUAUCUCUCGGCCCGCAGUACGCCUCCAGUACGCGCGUUUCGAAGAGUCAACGGACCGCAUCGAUGUUUCCCGGGCUAUCCAUGAAGCUAUCUUGGACAUGUCUCCUGGCCAUCUCGAGACAAUCAUCUCUUGGGCCAACCUUGAGCGUCGCCAAGAGGGACUAGAUGCCGCCAUCAACGUCUAUAAGACAUACAUCGAGUCCCAAGAUUGCGGUAUUUACGUUCAAGGGGCCAUGGUGGCUGAAUGGGCUCGUCUUCUGUGGAAAAUCAAGGGUUCGGUUGAUGAAGCCCGCCAGGUCUUCAAAUCCAACGAACAAUACUACCUCGAUGUUCCCGCGUUCUGGGUCAAUUACCUCCAGUUCGAGCUUCAACAGCCAACUAGUGCAGCGACGGAGGCUGAGCACUACGAGCGGAUUAAACAGCUCCACAGAUUCAUUCGCUCGAGCACACGAUUAGCUUCCGAGACGAUCAAGGAAAUCUCUCAGCACUACAUGACCUACCUCCUGGAGCGUGGCACGAAAGAUGCCGUCAAGAAUGCCAACAAGGAUCUCGCCAAGGAUCCCGCCGCCAAAGAGUACAUGAAGCUUGACAGGGAAGCGAAUGGACGAUCAUCGCGUACACCUGCGUUUGGUCGAAAGCGUUACUCGGAUAAGGUUGAGGUGGUUUCGGCUCGACUGCCUGGGAGCACGUUUCCGCCAACCCCUCCACCGAUGCCUCGUUCUCCCCCUCCUUUGCGUUAUUCCCGUUCUGGUCUUUCUUCUCGUCUUUCUCGUCUUUUUCUUGUUUCUGGUUCUAUCGUUUAG